AUGACAGCCUAUGCGGCAUUGCUUCUGGAUUCCUUGCAGAAGUAUGAGAACAGCUCCGUCCUGGGGCUAUGGUGCGCAGAGGCGCUGAUCACGUUGUUUCGAGCGGGGGACGCGUACCAGCAGGCGGAGUUCUGCGUGCCCUUCUUCCGGGCCUUUGUUGCCAUUGCGCUGCGAUUCCGCGAUGUGAACGUGACCAACCUCCACUUACGUCUCUUGCAAGGCAUGGCAGAUGUUGUGAGCCCCGACUGCCGACUUUGUGAUCCGGGACUGGUGGACUACAUCAUUGAGCAGCUCGACCGGAGUAGGAACAAGCUCAACACGCUGACUGUCGAGCAUGCGCUCGCCAUCCUCUGCGUCCUUCGAGCUCCCCAUCGGGUCAGUGAGCAGAUCCGGCAUUGCCUCUUGGUCCUUCGCGGCCUGAAGUCCGAGCCACACUUGUGUGUCCGAGCUUUGGUAACCGCUGCCGAGCUCUACGAAGUUGUUGCAAACCUCGUGAAUCGGGAGAGAGCAGCGAAGCAGAGCACCGGGAGCUACUAUGGAGGUGGCUACACCUUCAACGAUGACGACCAGGAGGCGUUUGUCUCCGAGCUGGGCCUUCCACCAGCAGGAGCGGCUGUGCAGCUCGUGGCGACGGUGAUGGACCUGUACACCAGCAAUCGCAAGCUUGCCGGUGCGGCGCUGCGCACUUUCUCGGCCAUGGCCAAGAUCACGAGAAAGCACCUGCAGGACAUCGUCGCAGGGGAAGUGAGGCCAAUAUCGAACACGCUGCAUGAGCAUGCAAAAAGCCGCUCCGUGAACCUCCACGUAGCCGAGCUCAUCCUACUGGUGGCGAAGACAAGGACGGAUCUUGUUUCUGAUGGAUUGAUGAUGAUGGCAUGCAAGUCGCUGAGAAGCUCCACGCGAGAUGCAGAGAUUGCGUGCAACAUCUUGGUUUCCUUGCAGACCUUCCUUCAGAAGGCAUCUUCAGACUCGGACGGUGGCCCGGCAGCCGUCAACAGAUCCUUGGCGCAAUCCCUGCCAUUUGACGUCCUCGUGCGUGUGGGCGACACUCACCACGCGAACUCCGGCGUCGUUGCUCCUCUGUGCCACUGCAUGAACUUGCAGGCAGCAGCGUCGAAAGAGUAUCGUGAUGACUUCGUGAAUGCUGGUGCCAUCGCCGUUCCGUUGCGCAUCUUUGACGAGGCAGAGGUACACACUCCGGAAGCUUGUGCAGCUGCAGCUCAGAUCCUGAAGGUGUUGUUGUGCCUGGGCCGUUGUUUCGCAAUGUUCUUAUUUUGCGCAGCAGCAACAAGGGGAGAGCUCGCGAACGUUGCAUGUUUAUAUGUUUCAAAUCGAGCAACAAUGCCUGAAGAACACUUUUAUGGUACAGCGCAGUAUGUAGUUGUGAUAUUCCCGAAGUGGUAG